AUGGGUACCCUUCUUGGUCACGGUGGGUUGACGAAGGAGGAAGCAAGGGAGAUGCUGAUUGAGGAGCUCGGGGAUGAUCCUAAGGACGCGCUUGAGGAGGUGGAGAGGACCUACGAGGCGGUUGUGAGGUUUCACUUCUUGGCGCGACAGUACGCUGCUGAGCUCCUUGCGGCACAGCAGGCUGCUGGUGACCCAGUAGAUGUGGAGAUACACAUGCAGCGGGUGCUGAGAUAUUACUUCCUAUACUUGUUAGGAGCCCCGCUGUUUAUGGACACGAGCUCGUCGUACACAAAUGUCGUUUACCUGAGGUACUUAUUGGAUACUGCACGUAUCCAUGAGCACAAUUGGGGAGUGGCUACACAGGCGUACAACUACCAUAUAUUCAGAGAGGGAUGCCUGUGGAAGGGUUGGAUAUUACAGCACUUCCCUGGCAUUAUUGGUUGGGGAGAGGUGUUGGACUACACUGAGGCCAUGCCGCGUGCUAGGGCCUUCGUCCCCUUCAUAGGGAACCAGGUGCCGGAUCCUUACAUGCACUAUCUUGACCGCAUGGCUGCAGAGGACGUCAUAUACGACAACUAUGCUGCUCACUGUGAGAGGGUUCCGCGGGAUGAAAUUACCAUAUAUUCUAGAUGGUUGGCUGCAAGUUCGAACAUCAUUGUUCGUUAUCUUCUGGAGCGCGUCAUGCGGCAGUUCAGGUACUGUCAGACGAUCCCUCAUGACACUCUUAUCUCUGCUACUAUCUUGAUGACCCGUCGGCAGAUACAUGAGGUUUUUGUAGACUAA